AUGUGCCAGACCGACAGUCACAGUUACCUGUACUGCCCUGAAGUGACAUGUACCGAGUGCCACACUCAAGGUCACCGUCACUAUGUCUGUCCGAAGCUGAACAGUCACUGUUACAACUGUGAAGCCCUGGGUCAUUUCGCUGCAGAUUGCCCAGAACCCCGUCGAAAGAAGACUCCCCAUCGCCUGGACCGCUGUUACAACUGUGGAGCCCUGGGUCAUUUCGCUGCAGAUUGCCCAGAACCCAGUCGAAAGAAAACGUUAGCAACACCGUCCACGUCGACACCCGUGGCAUCCGUGGCAACCGUGACCCCCGUGGUCCCCGUGACACCCGUGACACCCGUGGCACAAGUGCUUCAUCUCAUCGAAGACAUGCAUUCCGAUGUCCUCGACCUAAAAGAAUGUCUCACACAACUCCGGGUAGGCAUCACACCUCGUCUAGAGAAAAGAAAACGGAACAGGUCCCCCUCACGAAAUCACGUUUCAAAGCGCCGACGACACCUUCCGUCCGAGGAUGAGAUGGAAGUAGAGGAUGGAGAAGUGAAAUCCUCUGAACAAAGUGACUAA